AACGUGUGUGGAAUAUCGAUUUCAAAUUGAUUAUUGUUCCUUGUUAUUGCUUCGUAAGCGCUUGAAGCAGGGGUAAAUUUUGAAGCUGUGAUGAAAGAAAGCGAAACAAGAAGUAUCAAACAGAAUAUUUCUUUAAAUAGUCAUUUUUUUGGCGACGGAGAUCAGAAGUUGUGGUCAAAUACCGCACAGUACGAAAUGCACAUCCGCGAAUAUGUUCGUCUAAAGGAAAUUUAACUUAAAUGAUAUUGGGCAUUUGAGGAGGUUAUAUCGAAAAAACUCUCUAUUCUACAGGAUUUUUAACGUUUUCAAAUGGAGGAAAGUUGCAUCGAACGACAAGAAGAGGAGCUUCAAGCUCUUCAAGCUAUUUACAUGGACGACUUCCAAGAUUUGAGAGAAGAGCCUGAUGAACCUCCAAAGGUUUGUUUAAAGUUGACUCCAUUGCAAAGUGUUGUAGCCAAGGAGGUCUAUGCCAGAGUUGAUUUGAUCAUACAGUACACAGCAGACUAUCCUAAUCGGAGUCCAAAGCUGUCUAUGUGCAAUGCUGAAGGUAUUUCAGAGGAAGAUGUAAAUAAGCUUCAAACUGAGCUUCGCAAAAUGGCUGCUGAUCUUGUUGGUGAGGUUAUGGUUCUGCAAUUAGCACACCAUGUUCAAACAUGUCUUCACCAACACAACAAACCGCAGUUAUCAUUUUAUGAUAAAAUGAUGGCUGACAAGCGUAAAGAGGAGGAGAGACUCCAAGCUGUUGAGCGUCAAAGACUGCAGAUGGAAAUUGAAGCUAACAAAGAACGGGAAGAAAAUGAGAAACGUGAAGUAGAAGAAGAAUUACAGAGGAGAGAUGAAGCUAUGAAAGAAAGCAAACGAAGAAGAACUAUUGUUAUUCAAGAAAAGAACACCAAGACAGAUCCAGCGGCUCAGAGUGCAAAGACAAAAGAUCCCGACACCAGUCCAACAAAGGAAGUGCCAGUUCAAAGAAAGCAAUCUGGGAAUACCACGGCACCUACACAAGCUUUCCCGUCACCCAAGAAAACAGAGGAAAGGCCUUCUGGCUACAAUAUCAUGAGACGAAGGCGGAGCUCUGAAAGUGUGGGUGAUGAAUCCUUCACAGGGACACGAGUGAUCCACUUCACCAGCAGAGGGGGACAUAUCGUGCAUUGUGGAAAAUGCCUUGGUCAGGGAUCAUCUGGUUCCAAAGUUUACAGUGGCAUGAACAUUACCAUAGGUGAUCUUGUGGUGGUGUGUGAAUGGAUUUUGUCGUCACUUCAUGCAGGACCUCAGAUGCGACGCACGCUUAGUAUCACUGACAACCAGCAACAAGAUCCUCAAGCAAGGCUUAUGAAACAGGUAUUCAGUAUAGAGCAGGAGACUUUGUCCUUAAUCAAUCGUGUCAGUCAUCCAAACUUGACACACUAUUUAGCCGUUAAUGUCCAGGAAGAAUCUCCCACUGUCAAAGUCCAGGUUUUGUCGGAAUACGUUGGUGGCGGCGAUCUCAGUUUGCACCUCAGGAAAGGAGGGAUGCCUGUGGCACAGCUACGAGAAUACACGCAACAACUUGUGGAAGCCCUGUGCUAUCUUCACAGCAGGGCUGUGGUCCAUAAGGACUUGAGGUUAUCUAGUUGCCGCCUUGACUCUGACGGAAAUAUUCGACUGGCCGAUUACAGUGUUGGGAAAAGGUUGUCGGAUCUGUACCAAAUGUAUGGAGGGAAUGUGAAAGAAACACAGAGUAACGCUGCAGACGAAAACAACAAAAUAACUUCUCGUUAUGGAAAGAAAGGAGAUGUCUACAGUUUGGGCCUACUUGUACUGUCUUUGGCUGUCGGAGAUGUAAUAUUUGGAGACGUGAAAGAAAUACCUGCUUCAUUGCCGUCGGAACUGCGAGACUUCCUUUCCAAUUGCUUAAAGACAGAAGAAAGAAACCGUUGGUCCGCAUCUCAGUUACGCGAACAUUCAUUUUUAACCCCAGUCGUAUCCGGUAGUUUAGCGAACGGCCAACAGGAAGUUGGGAAGAACAAUGGAAACACAGGGGAUGAUGGGCCAUCGCACCUGAUUGACCAACCGGAUCGCGAAGAGCCUAUGUCCAACUUCUCAUUCUUCUCGGGAGUUCCCGGAAAAUCCCGAGUGAAAUGCGAGUAUGAGGAGCUGCAGUUUCUCGGAAAAGGAGGUUUUGGAAAUGUCAUCAAGGUACGAAAUAAGCUGGACAACUGCCUUUAUGCUGUGAAGCGGAUUCCUCUGAAUCCAAAGAGUACUCAGUUAAACAAGAGGAUCAUGCGUGAAGUACAGCUGAUCAGCCGCCUGAAUCACGAGAAUGUCGUUAGAUAUUACUAUUCCUGGAUCGAAAUCGCUGAGGAACAGCAACAGGAAAAGGUUCAAACAGCAGACGGGAAACCUCACAAGGACGUGCCAUCAUCUGUUUCAUCUGAAGAAAGUCUAAUGAAAUUCAAUAAGAUCGAAGCGCCAAGUGUGAGAGAAAGUAGAGAUGACGUAGAAGAAUCUUGGUGGCAAGACGACAGAAAAGGGAAGAGCAAUGAAUCAGAUUCGUCUUCAAGUGAUUCGCAGGAAUCGAUUCGUAGUCCAAGUAAAUUAUCGUCAUCUAAGAGUCACAGUGUGUCAUUCUUUAAUAGCAAGUCUGAGUCGUCUGAAGGGGUGGUGUUUAAAGGAAAUCUUGAAGCGUCGGUUCUUCAGUUUGGAGAUCUGUUAGAUACAGAGUCAGAAGAUUCUGAUGAAGGAGUGGAAUGGCAAGAGACUGGAAGCGAGUCCAGUGCCGAACACUUAGGACUGCAGUACCUGUACAUCCAGAUGGAGUACUGUGAGAUGAGCACCUUAAGGAACGUUAUUGACGAGGGCUUGCAUAAAGAUAAGGAGCGAAUUUGGAGGCUUUUUAGAGAGAUCGUUGAGGGCCUGGUACACAUUCAUACUCAGGGCAUUAUUCACCGGGAUCUUAAGCCCGUAAACUUGUUCCUAGACUCUCUCGGCCGCAUCAAAAUAGGCGACUUUGGCCUCGCAACCACGCACGGCAUGACACGCGGAGGCAUGGACACUGACGGCCCAGAUUCAAUUGCUAAUGGCCAGUCUCUCAAGAUGAACUCAAACACUAAAGAGAGUAUGACAGGCAAAGUUGGUACGACGCUUUACGUCGCUCCGGAGUUGGGAAAACGGUCUGGCGGCCGAGUGAAGUACAGUCAAAAGGUUGACUUGUAUAGUUUGGGGAUUAUCUUCUUUGAGAUGUGUUACAAGCCUUUAACAACCUCUAUGGAAAGGGUUAAAGUUUUGGGAAAUCUACGAACGGAAGGAAUCAUCUUCCCGACUGAUUUUGACCAGAAGGGCCGCGCCAAACAAAUGAUCGUCCUUAAGUGGCUCCUCAAACAUAACCCUGAGGAACGCCCUACUUCACAAGAACUACUUCAAAGCCAGUAUGUUCCACCUAAGAUUGAAGAUGGUCAGUUGGACGAAGUGCUCAAACAUACGCUCGCGUCUACGAACUCUACUCGCUACCAGCGUAUGAUUAAGGCCAUGUUCUCGCAGAACGUUUCUUCAGUUCAAGACAUAACUUACGAUGUUGACGUUUACACGGGACAGGUUUCACCACAUGCUAUCCUUGUGCAGCAGAUGGUUCACGAAAGCGUAAAAUCCGUAUUUUUGAGACACGGCGCGUUACGGUUAAGAACGUCACUUCUUGCCCCUCGCACGCAGUUAUUUGAACAGCUGGAAUUAGCUGUUAGCGUUAUGGACCACAGUGGCACGCUUGUCACGCUCCCUUUCGAUCUCAGGAUACCGUUUGCGCGUUAUAUCGCGCGAAAUGGGGUCGUGAACAUGAAAAGGUUUGACAUCGGAUGCGUGUAUCGUGACAAGAAGAUUCUGGGCGCCCACCCCAAGGAACUUUACGAGUGUGUAUUCGAUAUCGUCACAAGCUCGCCGGAAGACCUUGUGCCCGACGCCGAAGUUUUAUUGGCGGUAUUUGAGAUAAUAAACGAGUUUCCUUCGCUUGGUUCCCGUAAUUAUUACAUCAGGAUGAAUCAUGCACAUCUUUUGACGUGUUACCUGACUUCUGUAGGUAUAUCGGAUGAGCGACAGGCCGAGUUGAUAGCAAUUCUGAAGGAAACUCGCAGCGAGAGGGACCGAAAUGUUCAGAUCAAUUUGUUUGUUGAGAGCUUGCAGUUAAGCGAUCACGCAGCGACGGCACUUUGCGAGUUCCUUAACUUCGAAGGCCCUGUGAAUAAAUUACGCGAGCAUCUGAUUGGUACCAUGAAGCGAAAAUCUUGGGUGGGCCCGUCUGCGCGGCAAAUUCUACACAAUCUGGAAGCGAUCACGCAGCAUGCUCAAACAUUCAAGAUUGAUCUUCCUGUGGAAGUCAAGACAUCUAUGGUUUAUAACCACCAGCAUUUCUCAGGUUUGAUUUUCCAGUUUGUAGCCGCAAACAAGCGGAAACGGAAGCGAGGAGGCGUUGAUAUUCUGGCCGCUGGAGGACGAUACGACGAACUAAUAAACCAUUUCCGCCGGGGAGGAGAAGCUUCUCAUCCCAACCCUGGAGCGGUGGGUGUCAGUAUCGCGAUUGAAAAAAUUGUAGCCGCUGUUUUGGAAGAAGAAGACGUUAGUAGUCUGUGUCCUUAUGAUGUUAUGGUUUGUUCAGCUGGGAGUAACCCAAUGCAGACCGAGCGCAUGCGUAUUGCACACGAUUUGUGGGAAUGUGGCAUCAAAGCAAAUAUCUGUUAUGAUUCAAAAGACAUAGUAUCUCUGGAAGAGCAACAGGAGUUUUGUAAAAAAAGUGGAAUUCAACAUAUGGUGGUGUUGAAAGGGCAGGAAACUGGAAGUGUGAGAGUGCGAUCUUUUGACAAAGAAAAGCUCACCGAGUCUCGCGUAAAGAGAGAUGAACUUGUGGCCCAUCUUCAAGCGAAGUUCUCUACAAGGCUUGAACCGACUGAGUCCUCUGCGCCGUUGGGUAAUAAAGGGGCUAACACGCAGAGCGGUAACGAGACGAGUUCCACAGUUGUUCCAGAAAUGAAGGUCUCAUUUAACACUCAGGAGAAGUGGGCUUGGAACACAAAGCGAAGAUACGAAAGCUUGAUGAUGUCCAAGAUUAAACCUCUUCUGACUCACAUCAGUUCUAAGAAUGCCGUGGAAGUUAUUGCGGUUGACCUGCCUGGUACUGUUUUGCGCAACAUGUCCGCAAUGCUUGAUCUGGAUGCAAGUCAAGACGCAUUUGAUGCUAGCGUUGCGACCAUCGCGGAUAAAACCCCGCGUUACAAGAAAUACCUUGGGCGCGUUUGCGACGACAUUCGGGACCUUAAAGUAUCCAAGAAAGAACCAGUAGUGUUCGUCUAUAGUGUAAAAGAUGAAAUGUUCAAAAUAUUUUUCUAGUUGGGAUUUUUCUACGAAUUUACAUCCUUUUGUCAAAGCUGCACUUUUGUGUCACUCGUUAGAUUAGCGCGGGAUGGGUCAAGCAGUCCUUGCGUCGGUAGACAGUGAUAUGUGUCACGCAACUUCUGUAAUGGUAGCUAUUACUACAGAAUCCCAAAUGUAUCAAAUGAUGCUAAAGUACGUGGUUACUAGAAUCGUAAAAACAGCUAGUCUUGAAGACAUUAAAAGUAAAAGUUUUGUACAACAGUCUAGGAGAUAGAUUAUUAAAUAUAGUGAUUCAUCUCUCGA